UUAGGAACCGUUAAAAAUGUAAUCGCCUGUAUAAAAUGAAAAAUGUCGAAGCGUGUGCGUGUGUCUGUAAACUUAGACCAGUCGCAAAUGUCUUAAAUUUAAAUUGUUUUUCGUUUUCAAAUUUGUAUUAGCUGUUGUCGACAUGUAGCUAUAAGACAUAUGUAAAAAAAUACUCAGUAUAAAUACAUGUCGCGUGGCUUUGGUGAGAUUUCGCAACUCUAGAUAAAACCUUUACUUUGAAACUUUAGCCGGAUAGCUCGUGGUGUAUUCAGGCACCUUUACAGCGUGCCCACAUUCUGCGGAGUUCAGCGGAGAAAAUGUGGCAUUCAGGGCGAAGAGGAAAAAGCUGUGGGAUGUCGGUCGACGAAGUAGUAAAUAACGUUACACCAUUAAAGUCUUAAAAGUAGACGUAGGUUUAGUCUUGGCUUAUUGUCGGAAAGGCUUUUCUGUUUUACUUUUGGACGAAGCUACUUCUGGGAUAUACCGACUUUUCACGGAAUCGGCACAGGGAAUACUUUGCCAGCUCCUGGAGUCUGCCUCCAAACUGCCACCGUGGUCCGUUAAAUACGUAAGGGUCCCACAGGGUCUGAAAUAUUAAACCAGAGAGGCUCCUGGUGCUGAUCACAUCAGCCCUCCAUCUCCAGACUCAUCGAGAGUAGUUCAACAAACCUCCAUCCCCCUCCACCGACCUUGGAAAUAUAAUUUCCCCAAGAAUAAAGACUAAAAAGUAGAAACGUCUGAACAGGAUAUUAAGUCGUAGAAAAGUUUUCCAUCUACUGGACUUCCGAUUUUUUUGUGACCUGAGCUCCGCAUAGAGGAAGUUCAGAGCCUCAUCUGAGGCAGGUCCAUGUCUCCAGCGCUCAGCAUGAGGAGGAGGUGUCAGGGAUCGAAAUAAAGCUGGUUCAGACACGAGGAGGAGGGAGCAUGGGAAAGGAGCAGGACCUGCUGCAGGCGGUGAAGAGCGGAGACUUGUUGUCCACUCAGAAGCUGCUGUCCAAACUCAAAGGCAACAGGAACAAGUUGCUGGGCUCCACCAAGAGACUGAAUGUGAACUACCAGGACUCAGACGGGUUUUCGGCCCUGCACCACGCUGCCCUCACAGGGAGCACAGAGCUGCUGUCUGCACUACUGGAGGCUCAGGCCACCGUGGACAUUAAGGACAGUAAUGGCAUGCGUCCGCUUCAUUAUGCAGCCUGGCAGGGAAAAGCCGAGUCUGUCCUGAUGCUCCUUCGCUCUGGAGCCUCAGUCAACAGCGUUUCCCUCGAUGGACACAUUCCUCUGCACCUUUCUGCUCAGUACGGACACUUCGAAGUGUCUGAGAUGUUGCUACAGCAUCAGUCAAACCCGUGUCUGGUCAACAAGGCCAAGAAGACGCCGCUGGACUUGGCCUGUGAGUUUGGGAGAGUCAAGGUGGCCCAGUUGUUGCUGAGCAGUAACAUGGUCGUGGCUUUGUUGGAAGGAGAGAGGAAGGAACAGACGGAUUCGGCCUUCACCACCCCACUGCACCUGGCUGCUCGCAAUGGACAUAAAGACAUUGUACUGUUGCUGCUGAAGGCUGGCAUCGACAUCAACAAGACGGCCAAGUCUGGGACGGCCCUGCACGAAGCCUCUCUCUAUGGAAAGACAGAGGUGGUCAGGCUCCUGCUGGAUGCCGGAGUGGAUGUGAACGUUCGAAACACCUACAACCAGACGGCGCUGGACAUCGUCAACCAGUUCACCACUUCGCACGCCAGCAAGGACAUCAAGCAGCUGCUCCGAGAUGCAACAGGUGUUUUGCAGGUCAGAGCUCUGAAGGACUACUGGAACCUCCAUGAUCCCACUGCCCUCAACAUCCGAGCUGGAGACGUCAUCACGGUGCUGGAGCAGCACGUGGACGGGCGGUGGAAGGGCCACAUCCAUGACAGUCAGAGAGGGACAGACAGAGUGGGCUUUUUCUCUCCGUCCAUUGUGGAGGUCAUCAGCAGAAGAAACGGGGGCACCCUGUCCCGGCACGCUUCUCUGCCCACCCAGCGCCAGCAGCUGCUGUCCAGAGCCCCUCUGUCCUCCAGCCUCAGCUCCGCCCCCCAGACUGAUGACUCCUACACUCUGUACGCCCCCCCCACCCAUGUGGUGCUGCCACUGGCCAAUGGCCUCACUACCAGCACAGGUCUCCCUCCCAGCCGCCUGUCUCAGUCUGGAUGUCCCUUCGAGGACAUCUGGGUUCUUAGGGACACGUGUAAUGCUGGAGACAGAAACAGCGUUGGUAGUACUGGCAGCGUGGGCAGCACCCGCAGCGCUGGGAGUGGACAGAGCACCGAGAGCAACAACGCUCCCAACGGACUCCAGCAUCACAGCAGCCACCAUGACAACACCAACAAGGUACAACAGCCAGCGCCCCCUGCUGUUGAUUCUGGAAACUCAGACCUCAACAAACAGCCCGAUGCUGCAGGUGGGACGCCUCGCAGACAGACGGUGACGGUGCAGAGACCCGCAGAGCAGAGCUUUUCUCAGCAGUUCGUUCGUCCUCAGCAACUGUUGGACGGGAAGGAUGCGGAGGCGAUUCAUCAGUGGCUGUGUGAGUUCCAGCUGGAACAGUACACUGGGAACUUCAUCAGCGCGGGCUAUGAUGUGCCGACAAUCAGCAGGAUGACUCCCGAGGAUCUGACUGCCAUCGGUGUGACCAAACCAGGCCACCGCAAAAAAAUCUCCAUCGAGAUCAACAACCUGAACAUCCCUGAGUGGCUGCCUGAGUAUAUCCCAUCUGAUCUGGGCGAGUGGCUCAGUGCCAUUGGCCUCCCACAGUACCACAAGAAACUCGGCGAAAACGGCUACGACUCCAUCAGCAUUGUCAAAGACCUCACAUGGGAGGAUCUGCAGGAGAUCGGCAUCACCAAGCUGGGCCACCAGAAGAAGCUGAUGUUGGCGGUGAAGAAGCUGUGUGACAUUCAGAGGGCAAUCUAUCAGGCUGAGGCCAGCCAGGGAACUCUGCGACGCAAAGGCCCCGGCGCCCUCCAAGUGGUUGCCAUCGAGCCGCCAGACGCAGGCGGCGAAUGCUCCUCACCUCACACCCCAAAGAUGUUAACCUUCCAGGACAGUGAGCUUAGCGCAGAGCUGCAGACAGCCCUGACCAGCCACUAUGGAGGCUGUGAUGAGGGUUUGGCUAUAAAAAGUGCAGUAGGAAUGUCGCAGAGUCAGGAGAGUAUUGACACUCGGUCCAGGGGCUCCGGCCGUUCCCAGGAGCCUCCUACUGCCUCCAUCACCCCCCACAGCUGGUCUCAGGAGAGCCUGGACGGCAGCCCUGCUAAGGAGAGGAACCUCUCUGAGGGCUGGGACCCACGGCCACCACCCAAGCAGGUGCCUUUGGGCACAGCCACUGUGUUUAAGUACCCGACUAUCCCAGCCAAGCCCAAACUGCCUGGGUCUCAUGGCCCCUCUCCUCACGGCUCCCCAGCGCUGAAGGCUUUCAGCUAUCUGCAUUCUCACUGUGGUUCCACAGACCUGAGCUCCUCACUUAGACCUGAGAAUCGCACCAUGACCCUGACACCACCCAAAAAGCGCACCCAGAGCAUGACUCGCUACGCCCUGUCAGACGGGGAGCCCGACGAAGACGACGAAGAGCAAGCGAUUCCCACUGGCAACCUUCAGUCCUAUGCCACCUUAACCCGCAAGCCGGGUCGCAGCCAGCUGGCUCGCUUACAUUGCAGUCCAGAAAAGAGCAGCAUCGUGGGACGCAGUCAGUCGUUUGCUGUGCGCGCUCGUAAGAAGGGGCCCCCUCCACCACCUCCAAAGAGACUGAGCUCAGUGAGCAGCACUACCAGCGGAGAGCUGAGCGACAGCAGCACAACGUCCUCCGCCGGCGGAGUGGUGACUGACAGUCCAGGUAGCGUGAGGAGCAUCACAGCCUCGCUGGAAAGCAGCCCAGAGAGGAAAAACACACCGGGACACAAACCAAACCUAAUCCAGCAGGAGCCGCCCCUCUCUUCGGCUGUUUCUGCAGGGCAGGAGCCCAAUGAAGGGCUGCGGAGGAGGGUGCAGAGCGAGUGUGUUCCCGUCCCGACUGGAGGCAGUACAGAGCAAGACCGAAGUGUGAAAUCAGACUCUGAAGAGGAAGACCCAAAAGGCUGUGGACUGGAGGGCUCCUCAUCUCCACAGAACAGCUCCAGUGAGUGCAUCCCCUUCGCAGAAGAGGGCAACUUGACCAUCAAACAGAGACCCAAAGCUCCGGGACCUCCCAGGGCAGAGGCAGUGCUGGAACCUCCAGAGAAGGCAGCAGGCAAAAACCUGGAGGUGCCCGAAUUUAAUCUGAAGGAGUCAGACACAGUGAAGCGACGACACAAACCCAAAGAUAAAGAGCAAGGAGGAGGCUCACCGAGCAGGGAGAGGGCAGAGGCAACAGGGCCGGAGUCCGGCAGCAGCAGGCCUCCAUCUCUGAGCCAGGAGGAGGUGAGUCUAAGAAUCAGUGAGGCCGCGCUGGAGAGGCCGGCUAGUCCGGCCACGGGGUCACCUGUCAAACCUCCCCUCUCCCCAAAACCUCCCGCAGUUGCACCAAAGCCUCUUCGACAAAGUCUGCUGUCGGCACAAGCUCCUGGACUCUCCUCUCCAGCUGUCACGGUCAGUGUGGUUCAAAGUGUGGCCUUCGCUUCUCCGUCCUCCCCAUCCCAUGGGCCCCUGGUUCCGAAGACUGCAUCAGCCCCACAGAGCCCCGCGAGGACAGCAGUGAGGCCUCAAGUGUGUGUGGUGGGUCCAGGACUUGUUCCAGAGUCGCACUGUGGAACUGCAGUGGUUCAACAGAGACUGGAUCAGACGAGCACGUCGCUAGAAGCAGCGCUGAUAGCUGUUGAGAGAAAGCUGAACCUGGAGGAAAACGUAGCUGGGGGAGCAAACACAGUGAAGUCUGCAGGGACGAUUCUGGACGACAUUGGCAAUAUGUUCGAUGACCUGGCCGACCAGCUGGACGCUAUGUUGGACUAAAGGUUUUAAAUAACAAAAACAUUAGCCACCUCCAACCUCAGGAAACAAAACAGACGGAGAUAAAGGGGGAGAAGAACGUGUAGAAAUGGACAUAUUUGUGUGGAUCUACCCCCGGACUCACCACAGGAUGGAGACGGACACUUACCAGCCUGAAUAACAGCACUUAUUCUCCACUGUGCUUCCUCUUUGUUCCUUCCUCAUGUUUUUAACUUCAACAGUGAUUUUAGUAUUGAUGAAUUUCUUUUGACUAAAGCACAAUAUGUUUUGACCUGAUAGUACAAAAGCUGGAUGAGCGGUAUGUUAUCUGCCACUGGAAACUCUGGCGCAAAUGACUGAUACUAUCAAGUUUUGUCAAAUGAAAUGCAACAUUCUUACACACCACACAGAGCUGAAGGAGUGAUGUCACUUCCUGUACAGCCUCUGUCCACUAGCCUAAAAAGAGGCUCUCACUGAGAGUUGUUUUAUUUCUAUCUUGGUGUCAAAGCUUAUUUUUGCUGUUUAAUUUACAACAAAUGAGAUUUUUAUAGGAAUUAAAACAUUUGAGGUUUUAAAGCUGCUAUAGUUUAAUACUGAAUAACACUAAUACUUAUUUGAUGGUGUAAUGCACAGGGAUGCGUCAGAUUUCAUUUACCCAUAGCUCUUUGACACCUUGUAGUGUCUUUAAGCUUAGUUUUACUGUUUUGGAAAUGCCAUGGAAAAACCAAGUGAACACAAUCAGAACAUAUGAGCAGAGUGAGCAGCUAAAGAAGUUGGUAGAGACCAAAACCUACAGGACAUAUAUGUAUAUUAAUCAUUUCAUGCUGAACCUGACAGGCAGUUAUUAUAGGUGUUUUAAACAAAACUCACAUUUUAUUGUCAUCUAUUCACAAGAACCAUGUUUUGACUAACCUGAUUAACUUACUGUUCCUCAUAUAAUAAGUUGCAUUGCCAGGAAAAUAACACCAACAGUCAACAACCAUAAGGAUGAAGCUAUGUCACAAAUAACAUGUUAAAGCUCAUGUAAAGGCCGAAGUUUUAGUUAUUACUGUUAUUAGAGUUCAUUUCAAAUGUAUCUUUGUGAUAUUUAAAAAAAACAUGUUGUUUUAUACCAAGUGAUCUCAGCCUUGUGUAGUCAGUCUUCCACUGUGUACGGUGCCAGUGUGUUGUUGUUUGUCUUUCUACAACCUUGUGUGUUUUUGAAGCUACAGAAGCCUGUUUAAGUGCUAAGUAGUGAUGUUAUGCAAAGGGAAGAGAUGCAUGUUGAGCUCAUUUCACUUAUAGAGUAAGUCAGUGUACAGUGACACACGGCAUGUGACAUGUCAGUAAUAUACAGUACAUAAUAUUUUUUAUAUUGAUUUUAGCCAAAUAGUAUUUAAAUUAGUUAUCUAAAUAUGUAUAUUGUACACUUGGGGUAUAUACAUACAUAUGGGGUAUAUUCAGGAGGAGAUACUCAACCAAAGGUUUUUGUAUAAAUUCUCCACAUAUUUUCACAAACCUUUUCUUUAAAAAAAUUAUGAAUGCUGAGCUAUUAUCCUUCUUGUAUUGCAAGAUGUUUAUGUAAUGUUAUUUUGGUGUCUAGCCUGCAGUGCAUGGAUAAAGUCCAUUAUUAGCAUGCCGCAGCUCUACCUGAUGUGUCUGAUUUGUAAAAUGUCUGCGGUGCGACUUGUCCUAUGAUCGUGGGGCCUUGUGUGAAUGUGAUGCUCGUGUUUGGACUUUUAACGCACGGAUUCCUCUGUCCUACAGUGUAAAGGAUUUAAAAAGCUCAAUUUAAGAGAAUUAAAAAUGUUACAAUA